CCCGCGCCCCGCGCUGCAGCCGACGCCCGCCGGGCCGCGCACAAACUUCCCGGGCCGGCGGGCAGGGGCGGCGGCGGCGGGGCCCGGAUGGGAGCCCGGGCCGGCGGCGGCGGCGCCCAUGGACACUAACCGCCCGGGCGCGUUCGUGCUGAGCAGUGCCCCGCUGGCCGCGCUGCACAACAUGGCCGAGAUGAAGACGUCGCUGUUCCCCUACGCGCUGCAGGGCCCGGCCGGCUUCAAGGCGCCCGCUCUGGGCAGUCUGGGCGCGCAGCUCCCGCUUGGGACCCCGCACGGCAUCAGCGACAUCCUGGGCCGGCCGGUGAGCGCGGCGGGCGGGGGCCUCCUGGGCGGCCUGCCCCGACUCAACGGGCUCGCCUCGUCCGCCGGCGUCUACUUCGGGCCCGCGGCCGCCGUGGCGCGCGGCUACCCCAAGCCCCUGGCCGAGCUGCCCGGGCGCCCGCCCAUCUUCUGGCCCGGCGUGGUGCAGGGCGCGCCCUGGAGAGACCCGCGUCUGGCCGGCCCAGCCCCGGCCGGCGGGGUCCUGGACAAGGACGGGAAGAAGAAGCACUCGCGCCCGACCUUCUCGGGCCAGCAGAUCUUCGCGCUGGAGAAAACCUUCGAGCAGACCAAGUACCUGGCGGGCCCGGAGCGCGCGCGUCUCGCCUACUCGCUGGGCAUGACCGAGAGCCAGGUGAAGGUGUGGUUCCAGAACCGCCGGACCAAGUGGCGCAAGCGGCACGCGGCGGAGAUGGCGUCGGCCAAGAAGAAGCAGGACUCGGACGCCGAGAAGCUGAAGGUGGGCGGCUCGGACGCGGAGGACGACGACGAAUACAACCGGCCCCUGGACCCCAACUCGGACGACGAGAAAAUCUCGCGGCUGCUCAAGAAGCACAAACCCUCGAACUUGGCGCUGGUCAGCCCGUGCGGCGGCGGCGCGGGGGACGCCUUGUGAGGACGCGCGGGCCGGGGGCGAGUUUAUUUUUGCAGAAGCCGGCGGCGUCCCCGGGGGGGCGCGGGGCGCGGGCCGUGUGUCGGGGCCGAGUCGCUUUGUAUCAUCAAUAAAUUAUUUAACUGGUCCGCGUUGGAGCCGCGGCUCCGGAGCCUGCACCGCGUGUUUCUUCGUCUCGGACCUGGAGCUCCGCGGCCCCGGCUUCGCCCCUGAGGGACCCGGGCUUCCUUCGGGCGCGCGGCGGCCUCGAGUCCUCCGGGUUCCCGGUGCGGAGGCGCGCGGGGCAGGGAAGGGGAGGAACCAGCGACAGCCGCCGGGAGCCAGCGCCACGGAGCCGGGGACGGAGCGCGCGCCCCGCAGCAGGAACCAGACCAGUCGCUUCUAAAGGCCCUCAGAAUGACCAAGAGCUGGAACCCGUGGGGCGGACUCCGUGUUGGAACUGUGGCCGCGGAGCCGGCGACCCCAGCAGGGACACGGUCAGACCCAGUCCUCCGUCGGCAGCGGACACCAGAUCACUUGCAAUGGUAGCGAUUAGACAGAAACAUCCACCUAACUGCCCUCACUGGCCAGGAACUCUGUAGUGUUCUAAAGUAAAAUCAAUAAAACAUACAUUUGUGUCUCAUCAACAGACUCGCAUCACCUUUUAAUGCUGUACUUAGUGCUAGGAGAGAAAUAUUUGCAACAAGGUUAUUACAUGGGUUGUUUGUAGCGGAGCAUGGAGGAAAUGUACAGUUUGUUUCUCUUUAAUAUUUUUAUAUACAGCCCAUGUUAAAAGCAAUUUCUAUUGGAAGCAAACUAGGCUAUUUCUAUUUCUCCCAUGAUAUUAUUGUUGUAAUGUAGAAUACUUGGCACCAUGAAACAGGAACAAAAGACAGACAAACGGCUUACAAAAUUCUUCAAAGGUACACCCAGGCUAGCGAUAAACUUCACAUUCAGUCGUUAAUAUCACACAGAAGAACGGUGGGCGUCGCGGGCGCCAGUGCAGCCGUGCGUGGCGGCGAGCCCCUGUGUUGUCCACGAGUUUCUGUGCGGAUGGACACACAGCUGAGCUCCUGGACGCCAGGGCUGCCUGCCGAUGGGACUCUUGUGCAUUCAUACUGGAAAGUACAUUUAGCAUACGUUUUGGUAAGGUUUAUAAAUUAUUCUUAAAAAGUAUAUAUUUAUAUAUAUUUAUAUAUAUAAAAAUGGAAAGCAGCUGCAGUGUGAUUCGAAAACCAUGUGACGCGGCCCCGAGUCAGUGCCUCGGGAAGGGCAUCGGCAGGGACAGACCCCUGGGCGCACUCGGGGCCACGCUGCCGGCCGGCAGAGAGAGUGCCCGUCUCGGCUUCCCCAGCCCCUGGACGCACCUCCACCCGGCAGAGGGAGUCUCUGGACACGGGGGUCUCCAUGCUGGAGAAGCCCCUCCACUGACAAUCCUUAAAAACUGAAAACUGUGAAGUCUACGGUACAGACCCUCUUUGCUGCCCAUUAGAGUUUUGACAACAGGACUGUGACUUAUU